AAUGAAAGAAAAAAUAUAGCUUCUUAAAACAUAAAGUCAACAGUAAUGGUGUAUUAUAUAGUAAAUAAAUUAGUAGGAAAAUAUCUUUGGUAAGUGGUUAAGAUGAUCAUGGUCUUUUUCUAAAUAAACGGAAUGAAAAGGUAGUGAGCGUGACAGGUUCGGUGCGUCGAUAAUACGUUCGGGUCCAUCAUAGGCCCGGUAAAAUCGGGGACGGGCUAAAAUUGCAGGAUGCGUGCGCGUAUUUGAUGCGUGAGCGUGCGUGUACCCACGGGGCGGCGCGUCGCACGAUUCGUGGGCGUUUUUUUAGGAUUUGAAAAGAGUCAAAUGGUGGGGAACGGAGCCGUAUUACCCCAGUGUUUCGAAGCAGCGCGUAAUCAAAGCGUUUAGACACAGUUGCGUUCACACGUAGGACGACGCAACGUCAUACUGUUUCCUUCUUAUCUAUCGCAUGUCGAUCUACCUCACAAGAAUAGUCUUCCACUGUACAAAUAAAUGCUUUAUUGUUAUUGUUAUUAUUCUACAGAUUGAUACGUUCGUAGCGAAGAAUGGUGAGUUACUAUCAAGCGAAACAGAUGACAAAUUCGACGAGUAUGUCGGUCAACAACGAGAUAUCAACCGUGGAGCCAGUAAACCCGGUGAAAAGUCUCGUAUGUAGUCCGGAUUUGAGCGUGUUCACACCAGCGUGCAGUGGCGAGACUCUAUCGGCAAACGUCGAGGAGAAGACGUACCAGUGUUUGCUGUGUCAAAAGGUUUUUAAUCAGAAGAGUUUGUAUCAGAGCCACCUCCGUUCGCACGGUAAAGAAGGCGAAGAUCCUUACCGAUGCAAUAUUUGCGGGAAAACUUUUGCGGUACCUGCGCGAUUGACUAGACAUUAUCGUACGCAUACUGGUGAAAAACCGUACAGAUGCGAAUUUUGUGGUAAAUCGUUUUCCGUAAAAGAGAAUUUAAGCGUGCAUCGUCGUAUACAUACGAAAGAAAAGCCUUAUAAGUGUGGUGUGUGCGAACGUGCAUUUGAACAUAGUGGUAAGCUGCAUCGACAUAUGCGAAUUCACACCGGAGAACGGCCACACAAGUGUACAGUCUGCUCGAAAACGUUCAUUCAAAGCGGACAGUUGGUAAUACACAUGCGCACGCAUACCGGGGAAAAACCAUACGUUUGCAAGUCCUGUGGCAAGGGAUUUACAUGCUCUAAGCAACUGAAGGUACAUACCCGCACGCACACCGGGGAGAAACCUUACACUUGCGACAUCUGUGGUAAAGCCUUCGGUUACAACCAUGUCCUCAAAUUGCAUCAGGUUGCCCACUAUGGUGAAAAAGUUUAUAAGUGCACACUAUGUCAUGAGACGUUUGGUUCAAAGAAGACAAUGGAGUUACACAUUAAAACACAUUCAGACUCAUCGGUCACUGGUUCUCCUCGGGACUCACCAAUUGAGCCAGAGAUUGAGAUCUCGCAGGCAAAUAGUGUAGGCACUGCUAGUGACAAGGAGAACUGCAAGACUGAAGAGCCAAUUGAUGAUGCUGCUGCUUAUGACGACGCUCCACGAGAAUUUCCUUAUUACAUGUAUUCCAGAGAGCAGUAUUCACAACCGCUUCUGAUGCCUAGUGAAGAUAGAGCUUUUCAAACGACGUCUGUAGUCCCUGUAGAACAGUCUCACUUGUUUCUGUAUCCUGAGGUUUCUCCAACAUACACUGGUCUUGGAAUUCAAAGCAACGAAUUUGUCAGUGACUGCUCGUCUCUUCUCAAUUUACCAGGGAACGACGCUCGUAGAAGAGUAGAGGCUGCACUAGAAGCAGUCGAAGAAGAAAGACAGAGGGAGUAUGGCAUCAGGAUUGAAAGAGAACCGAUUUUAACUCCUCCAAGUAGCAAUCCCGUAAGUCCUGUUCCUUCGCCGGAUCCUCUCGAUUUGGCAAUUCCAGUACGAGAAACGUUAAUUCUCCCACCAAGAAAACGGUGUAAAAUGAUCCUGGAGUCAAUGGAAAGUGAGAGAAAUGGUCUUAUCGCCUCUCAAAGACAGAACUCUGUUAUCCAAUUUGCAAAAGCAUCAUAGUGCAAGAUGUGGAAGGAAUUGAUUCUGAACCAGUGAUAAUUUCAUAGACGGUGAGACAUAAUCUAAGUUUUGUGAGGAGGUAUAAAGAACUAGAUAAUAGAGGUGUGCGGUUAUGCCUAUGUUCAGCAACGGAACAAACCUCUUGAUAAAUGAAAUCGGACGGCUUCUUGGCACACUCGUUUUGCCCGAAUGUUUCGGGAUAAGCAUGAACUGACAGUAUUGCUUUGCAUCGGUUCGACAGAAGAUCGACUCAAAAGCCCGAUAGAUCCAGCUAUGUAUUAAGAGGAGAUUGAUAAACAUGUUUUUUGUAUGCUAAUUUAAAACUGUAAAGCAUUUGGUUUUUUCAUAUAGAGUUUGUAGCAAACAGCGUGCUUUUAGUCGUUUAUACUUGUUUUAUUUUAACCUUAUACUUUAUUUUUUAUGUAAAGUCAUUGAAAUAUUUUGUAAUUAACUUAAAAUCAUUGUUAAAGUAAAAAGAAUCUUUCUUCCAAAUUUUCCAAAUAUAAUAUUUAUUCAUUUAAGAUUUAUCAUCACCGUUUCUUUCCAUUUCCUUUUAAUACGUAGUUGAAUGUAUCGGGCUCUGAAACCAAUCCUGUCCGACUUUUGCCUAGCCGAUCAAAAGCGAUACUGCCCGUUCAUGCUUAUUCCGAAACAUUUCGGAAUCCGAGCAAAACGGGUGUAGUGAGUCCCGCUCGAAAUUCUUUUUUUUGUUGGUCCGUUUUAAAGUUCGGAACAUGUUCGAGACGAUCCGCACAUCUCUACGAGAUAUACAUUCAGAGUAGUAAUGGGCUGAAAAAAUUCAGAUAACUAAUGUUACAAAUUACUGAAGAACUUGUUGAGCUUUUAAUUGUCUUAACAAACUUUGAAUUUUGGAGUAUAACGAUUAAAAUAUGACUAAUAGAAAUAAUUUUAAUGCACUGAUAAAAUAUUUCAAUACUGUUACAACAAAUUCAAAGAUUUUAAGACUCUUAAAUCUUACAUUAUAUUGAAAUAAGAUAGACAUUUAAGAGAAAGAUGAAAAAAUGCCCAUUGCUAACUGAUUAAAGAACUUUGUGCUGCGGGAAUGAUAGAGUUAUCUUGCAGUGGAAUUUCACUGCGGUAUUAUACGAUCUGAGUUAAUUGUUUUUAUACCGAGUAUUUUCUGAAUAUUUUGGGGUUUUCUUCAAACAUUCAAAUACUUUUUCAAAACGAAGUACAAAGAAUAAGAAAUUGAUGGAAAUAAUUUUUCUAAUAGAGUCGUAUUUAAUUUUUGCGACUGACAAGAAACAUUUAAUUAGUAAUCGAACUGACAAUAACUUUUCUUACAUUUUGAACUGUGAAAGUUUGAAGAAAGUCGAAAAUUAUAUCGGAAAAUAUACUUUACAAGCCUUAAAUGAACCAAUAGAAAAACGUCCAGUAAUUUUACCACUUGAAAAAGUAAUUCUGAAAACUUUGCAGUCUAAUAAGAGUAUGAUACAGUGGCCUCAUUACAUUCGCAGAUUCAACUGGUUCCGAGAACUGUUUACACGUGCCUCAGGGUAAACAUCGUAACACACUUAGAGCUCGCCAGCAGAUCAUCUAUUACUUAUAAACUGCCAAAGGAUAUAAAGGAAAUGCUAGCUCUUUUCGUACUAUCGCAAGCUAUUUGGAACAUUUUUGACAAGAAUAAUAUCAGAAAAGGAUUCCCAUUCAGAACUGCAUUAGCUGAACAUUAUGAAUCUAAAAAUUGUAUAACUUACAAUGUUAAAUGAUUUUAUUUUAUUUUUAAAAACGCCGAAAUUCUGCGUUAUAAAGAAUGAGAUCGUUCGUUCUACUUUCUUCAAUAUAAUAUGCGUAGCUGGCGUGCUCAGUGUAAUUUUUCGUAUUUCACGUUAUAUAAUAUAUAUAGAUAUGUGUGUGUGCGUGUGCAUAUAUGUAUGUACAUCAUUGAAUUGUAACGAAUUAGUGUAAAAGUAAUGAAGAUCGUGCAGGUCACCGUGGCAGAACUAGCAUCAUCGUUAUAGAGGGCUUAGAACGAUCGUAAUCGGGAGAAUUUUUAGAUUUUAUUUUAACUUUUGUUGUACAAAAAAAAAGUACAAAAAUAUUUGACACAAAGAGUAUAAAUAAUACGAUUAACCUAUUAUAAUAUUUCUAAAAGUCAACCAAUUCAAAUUCUGAACAAAUGAAUUCAAAUAAAUUAUUUAAUCUUUUUGAUAUUGAUAAAUUAUAAUUUAAAAUUUUAUCCAGAUUUUAAAAAUUUGAGAUAAACAAUCGAACGUAUCGACUAUUUGCGAAGCCUACGCCACUGUUACCAAAAAUGAAUCGUUUUCUUCCUCCAAGUAAUUUAUUCCUUUUUUCUGGAGGUUAAAUUAAAAUGUUAUGCGUGUUUGCUAUAUUAUAAGGUUUUCUAUAUCCAACGUUUACGCGAAGAUCAAAGAUUUAAAUUUCUUGCCAAAACUAACAAGACUGAUACCAGUCUAAAGAAAAAUUUUCUUUGCAUAAACAAAUUUCCAACUACGUAUUAAUACGAUGCGAUAAAAGUGAUAUUAAAAUAUGUUAUUGCUCAAUUUCGUCAUCAUUAGUCUCGUAAUGUUUGUUUAAACAAACUGUUUAAAUCAUCCUUAUUAAUGAUUUAUCAUUGCAUUGAAAGCGAACAGGAAAUACAUUGAAGGCACUGUACAAAUUCAAUUUACAUACUUUCAUAAAUGAUUACUUUUAAUUCCAAAAUGCGCUUCCAGAUGGCGCUAGUUUGCUGUCACAAAUUGCUAACAAUAUUUAAUCCUGUAAUAAUUGGUAUAUUAAUAUCUUGCAGUUUAUUCUUUUCUUUAUUUCUUAACAAAUGUAUACAAAUGAUGAAUUGCUUUAAAUUCCUUUGUAAUCCAUUUGCAGUUACUGGUCUGUUUUACAAAUUUAUUGAAAUUUCAAUGUAUUUAUAUUAUCAGUAUCUUUGGUGUAUUAAUUCUUCAAUAUUGACUAUAUUAAGGCCUCUGUCGAUACAGUAGUUUCUGUACAGCAGCUGUCCGUGAAAAAAAUAGAUUCAAUUUAGAACAAAACACUUUACUUGUGUUUCUAUAUAUCUAUUAUGAUAGAAGAAAGCAUAACAAAAGGUUCAACUAUCUGUUUCGUUAAACCAUCAGGAUCCGCAAAUAUGAUUGUAGAAGCACACUAAUUUCAAGUACAAAAGCAUUGAGUCAAAUUCAAGAUUCAACAAUCUUAUAAAAAAAAAGAAAAAAAAAGAAUUAAUAUUAUAUAUGUAUAUUUAAUUCCCAAUGAGUAGUAUUGACUACCUUAAGAGGCUUAGUUUUAAUGAAACAGAUCUUACUGGAAUAUAACUGAUCAAAGUUCUCACUGUGAGAGUGGAGCUGGUAAGGAAGAAAGUACCAAACUCAUUAUUAAAAACUUCAUUAUGCCAGAGUAUCGAGAGGAGCUAUGCUCACUGCCAGUACAAGUAUGUCUGUGUAUACAACACAUACGAGUUUAAUAUUAAAUAUUAAAUUGUAUCGUCACAAUUUACAAUUUGAAGCCAUUUGUAUUUACAUUUGGCAUCGCUCCAGUAUGGCAUACGGAAUGUUUUAUAAAUUGUGAAAUAAUUUAAUGGUAGAUUUCGCGAAAUGCAUCAAAUAAGCGACAGCGUAAUAAUGUUAAUAAUAUUAAAUAAAUUUAACAAAAAAAUAAAUUACACACGAAGUUUGAAUCUGUAUUUAUAGCCGAAUUUGAUAUUAUCAUUUUUAUUGUAACAUUCUGAAGUUCGCUUCAAAAAUAUUAUAGUUCAUAAAAUUUUAUUAUGGUCUUAUUAUAAAAAGCGUUUUAACAUUAUUAAAAUUAAAUGUACUUUGCGUUUAAAUCUACCACUAAUUAUCGAUCUGUGGUUUAUAAAACAGCUUGAGUAUACACUGAGCCAUGUUUAUAUUAAUAAGUAAUGUAAUAUUUAUAUAGGAGCUCAUGUAUAUUACACCUUUUCCUUUUCUUCUUUUUUUUUUUUUUUUUUUUUUUUUUACGAGAAUGAUUCGACACGUGGCCUAUUCCUAUUUUUUAAGACGUUGAAACUUUUUGUUGUGUGCGAAUUAUAUUCUCAUUUAUUAUAUAAAUCACGCAUGACAUGAAUUUUAUGUGCAAUUGUAUAUUUAAGUUUUCUGGGGCGAUUCGAUUAGCGCUUCCCUUUCUUCAUUGUUUUAUUAACUCUCAGUAAACAUGUUUUUAACUAAGAAAAUACUCGAGUGUAUUGUUAGAAAUUUUAAUGAUUGUUAUUAUUGUUGAUUUCGAAGCGCUUGAAAUUAGCUUACCAUAAAAAUUCGUUUUUCAUUAAGUCAUCGAGCAUAGGCCACGUGAGAGUAUAUGGAGAAAGAAAAUGGAUGCGAAUUGUUAAGUAUUACGAUGAUGAUAAGAAAUAGAUUGAAAUGUGCAGAGACAGCUCUAGUGUAAUAUUAUGAUUAUCUGUUAUUACUUAUUAUUUUUAAGAUAUACAAAUACAUGCCAAAUGGGAUAUGUUUUAUCCCAUUAUCUCGAGCGUGUGGAACUGAUUACACAUAAAGAAAAAGAAAGAAAAGAGUUUUGUAGAGAUUCAUUUAUACAAGAUACUUUCAAUAAGAACAGAAGAGUACAUUUGUAUAAGAGUCCAAAAGGAACGAAUGUAUUUUUUCGUUUCUCGCGCCCUCAUUGAUCGAUCAAUAAAGUAGAAAACGUAUAAUAAUAAAAUAUCAGUGUUCAUUACGAAUUAACAAAGAUAGAAACAAUGACAGAGAGAUCAGCGCGCGUGAAACUGAAAAAUAAAUAUCCUUUCAAAAAUUACUCGCUGCAAUAAUUUUAAUUGCAAUUAAUUUUAAGUCGAGGCAUCAUCCUUCGUUAUUUUUUGCAUCGACAAGAAUUUCCAGAGGUCAGAAAUUUUCCGAUAAUUGAUAGGCACUAAUAAUUGUAUUUUCUUGUUUUACUCCGCCAAAGUGCGUACGAAUAAUUUCAUAGUCAGCCUUCGACAGGAAAUAUAUUUAUUUAUUUAAUAUAUGUAGCUAUAUCUAUAUAUUAUUUAUAUAUGUAUUUUUUUUGCCGUAUGUCGGAACAAACUUUCGUGUAUUCACUGCAUUAAAAUAUAUUCUAUCGUAAAUGUUGUUUUUGGAA